UUCCGUACUCAGCUGCUGUUUGUUGACAUGUCUGUGACUCGUCUGUGUCUGUGACUCUGGUCUGUGACUCCCUCAGCGUCACGAUGACAGAAAGCUGCUCCACCAAACCUCGGGCUCUUGUCGCAGCUUCGCAGGAACUGAAGCAGCAGCUCGGGAUGAAGGUUGUUUCCUAACGAGGGAGCAGGAAGCUGCUGUUAGCCUGUGCGGCUACAGCCCGGAGCUAGCUAGCUAACAGGCUACGUUGGCCGAUGGUAAACGAUGGAGGGGAUCCUGCACAAGUGGACGAACUAUAUGACCGGCUGGCAGCCUCGCUGGUUCGUCCUGGAGAACGGAGUCAUCUCUUACUACGACAGCGAGGACGACGUUGGCAAAGGAAGCAAAGGAUCCAUCAAGAUGUCCAUGUGUGAGAUCAAAGUUCAUCCCACAGACGCCACACGUCUGGAGUUGAUAAUCCCCGGCGAGCAGCACUUCUACGUCAGAGCGGUGAACGCUGCCGAGAGACAAAGAUGGCUGGUGGCUUUAGGUUCGUCUAAAGCUGGAACACUGGACAGUCACAAACACAGAGGUCCCGACUGUCUGAAAACGAAAAUGUCAGAACUUCGUCUGUACUGCGACCUCCUCGUCCAGCAGGUCCAAACCAUCCAAUCACAGCACAGCGCCGACACGGAGGCCGCACCCACUUCUGAGGCGUCGCUCCUCAGUGCGACCUGUGCGACGUUCAUCAGGACCUUGGAGGAGUGUAUGACUCUGGCCAACCAGAGUCUGAUCCCUGACCUCCGACCUCCUGAGAAGAUGAAGAGGUCGGUCAGUCACCCUGGAACUUACAGCUUCGACAGGUCAGGUGUGCUGAAGGAGUACGUGAGUGGAGGUCAAAGGUCAACGCAGCGCAGGAACCGGACAUGCUCCGACAGCUCGGUUUACGAUACUGAACGUUUGCUGUCGAGUCCUAACGGCGACCCGUCCUCCAUUCCCGAGGAGAGAGGCGGCGGCACGAGCCAGAAGAACACGCCCACCGACACAGACACUGACUUAUCCAUCUGAAAGACGUCGAGACUCGAACCUGCUGAGUUCUGGACUCAGAGAUUUAGAACAUGACAAGUUAACGUCACAGCGGAGACAUGGACGCCGUCUUCAUCGCAGAGACGAUGAACCUGCUGCGAGGAACGUUCUUCUUCUUCUUCACACGUGCACUUCAUGCGUCAUUUCCCCUCAAGCCUUUAAAUUAAACGGAACACACUGGAGAGACAAAAAGACGGAGGGACACGUCUCCGCGUUCACAGGAUGGACUCACUUCAGAAUAAAGACUGUGAAGCUGGAAUCCUGGAAAAACCUGUGAAUCAACCAGGGAAAGAAAAGUGCAGUUGUAUUUACUGCAGUGAAGCCCAGCAACCAAAUGACGACUCCCUGGAAGAGUAUAAAUAUAUGAACAACUGUGAGUCCACAGUUUUUAAAUUGACCCAAGAAUGUACAGAUAGUUUUUAAAUCAGCCGCCGUGUCACGAAAGCUUCGUCUCCUGCAGUAUUUUGCGAACUUUUAUUUUCCUUCCCUGGAGCAUGUCCUCCUCUGGACUCUAGAGAAGUCCGUCCCUCUCCCUGACAGCGUUGAGGUGGUGACGUCAGAGCGGAGCGAGGAACCGGACCGAGUCUUCACAGGAUCCUGGAGCAGCUCUGAGACGCUGAGCCGAGGAGUGUCAGUCUUCAGACGUUUGCUUAAAUGCAAAGAUCUUUAAAUGUGCCGUUCUUCUCUUCUCCAGCAGACGACCUUCUCCGAGGUCACGCUGCGUCACGCUCGGUCAGAACAGAGGUUUAGUUUUCUUCUGGCGUGACGAGGAAGACAAGACUUUGUUUCAGUCUGCAGCUCCGCUUCCUCCGAGGAGUUGGCACCUUCUCCUGGUUCUUGGUUUUCUUCCCUCGGCUCCGCAGACGAGUCAGCGGACGAGUCUGUAAAUGACAGAAAGUUGUGAAAGUGUUCAAGUUGCUGCCUUUUUACAUUUGUGUUUCCUCAGUGAUUAUUUUGUCCCUGUAGAGAUGAUUCCAUCCAAACUUGACCCUGAAGAGAGAAGUACGGUGGCCCUGGAAGCUCAACUCACUGUCAAUCAAGAAAACACAGAAAUAAAGCAAAACGAGUAAAAGACA